AUGGAGAAAAGCAGAUCAUUCCCACAGUAUUCAUCUUCAGUCGCCGGCGGCGAAUUUGGAUUCCAGGGCCGGCCGGCGGGGAACUCCUGCAGUUCUUCAUAUGUAUUCAAUGGUCCGACCACAAAAUCCGGUGGGCAAUUAGGGUUUGCAGGAAACGGGUCGGAUUCCGAGCUAAAGAGGAAGAAGAGAAUUGCUUCUUAUAAUAUGUUUACAACUGAAGGUAAACUUAAGUCAUCUCUUAGAGACAGCUUCAAAUGGAUCAAGAAUAAGUUCAGUGAUGUUCGUUAUGGUCUAUGA